AUCUGCACAUGAAGUGGACAUUCAUUAGAAGAUUCUAUCCUAUAUAUAUGGGAUCAAAGUAGCAUUAAGCGUAGUUGUAUCGUUCCACGAUUUCAAGCGCACGGUCUUGGGGAGGUCCCCCUUUUUUAACAAAAAAGUACUACCUACCUAUUUACCACCGCCCCCAGAAGCAAAUACCCUUUCACAAUUAGUCCCAUAAUUCCCAACUACAAAAUAUUUUCCAAUUAGCAAGCUGCAACCAAUAAUAAUGUACUAUGAGUCCAAUUUGUACCUAAGUGGUUUGUGAACUCACCCUAUGGUAGACAUGACCAAGUCUGGUUGUUCCAGCCACCCCCCAUUUUUCUCCAAGCACGUUAGCCACACUGCACUGCCACAGGAGUGAUUUAUUUACUCCUCAAUAGGUGCAGAUGAAACUAAACCUUCAAACCAAAAAUAAUCACCUUUUUUUUAAUUUUUUUUUUUUUUUUUUUUACUUCAAGCUUACGCAAAUUAGGGGACGCAAAGUGAAGUUGCAAAAUGACGACUCAACUACAGAAGAGCAAGCUAUGCUUCGUUGGGGGCGGCAAUAUGGCCGGUGCCAUUAUCGGAGGUCUCGUCACGAAAGGUAUCGAUAAGCAAAACAUCUUUGUGUCGGAGCCAUGGGAUGUGAAUCGGGACAAGAUGAAGGCAACAGGGGUGCGCACCACUGCCUCCAAUAUCGAAGCUUCACAAGAUGCAGAUCUCCUUGUUCUCGCUGUGAAGCCACAAGUUACGAAGGGUGUAUGCCAAGAGCUUGCUGGUGCGUGGGCUGAGCGCACGGCCCUACCUCUAAUUGUCUCAAUUGCCGCGGGCAUUACGCUGGAGAGCUUGAAGGAAUGGUUCAAGCUAGCGGACGGGCGCGUACCCCACAUAAUUCGGGUUAUGCCGAACACACCCGCUCUAUUGGGAGAAGGCGCUUCAGGUCUAUUCGCUAGCAACGAUGUUACCCAAGAUGAGAAGGAUUUAGCCGCAUCGUUACUUGGUAGCGUUAGCAAGGUAGCCGAAUGGGUAGACCGGGAAGAACUAAUCGACGUCGUUACGGGACUAUCGGGGUCCGGACCCGCGUACUUCUUCGCUAUGGUGGAACACCUAAUCGAAAGCGGUAUCAGCCUUGGACUUUCGCGCGACCAGGCCACUCGUCUAGCAAAGCAGACUUGCUUCGGAGCCGGCAAGAUGUUGGUCGAGUCGUCUGAGGAGCCCGCACAGCUGCGCAGGAAUGUGACCAGUCCGAAGGGAACUACCGAAGCUGCAUUGAAGAGUUUCGACGCUUCUGGGUUUAAAGAAACCGUGGAUAAGGCCGUGAAGGCGGCUGCUGACCGAGGCAAGGAGUUGGGAGAAACACUCGCGAAGUCGUAAUUCGACUUUUAAACGAUGCGACCCGUGAUAUCAAGCUUCGAAAUCGUAAGGUACCUCCUAGUAUAAGUUAUCUAGCUAGGAUUGGACCUUUCUCCAAUAAUAAGGGUCCAUGCAAUGCAUAGACAUUCUCGAUUUACUUGUAGGCCCAAAUAUUACCAGGUUGUAGCUAUGACAAAGGGUCACUUGUCAAGGGUCCUACGCUAGGGUACAAGGUCUAAUUGCCCCCGAACUAGGGACUCAAUUUAUGG